AUGGCUACAGACUCCGUCAAUUCAUGGCCGCCGCCACGGUCGAAGCUCUACAAUCUCGACAUCAUGGUCGUCAACGCAAAGCAUUUAAAGAAUGUCAACUGGCGUCAGGGUGAACUCAGGCCUUACGUCGUCUUAUGGGUCGACCCGGAUCGUCGCCUCUCCACCAAGCCUGAUGAUUCCGGGACGACCCGACCCGUAUGGAACGAGCGGUUUGUUUUGCCACUUUCUCUUUCUCCCAGAGAUUCUCUGCUCACCUUGGAGGUCUUCCAUUCCCGACCCUCGGAGGCUUCGAAACCCUUGGUUGGCACCCUCCGAAUCGAACUCAGGGAUCUCCUGGUUGACACAAACGAUUCAGCUACUCGAGUCAAAACUUUCGAGCUUAAACGCCCCUCGGGUAGGCCCCAUGGGAAGAUCCGAUUGAAACUAUCUCUCCGUGAACGCCCCAAUGAAAUUUACCAAACUGCCCAUCCGUCCAGCUAUAUGUACUCUACUGCACCACCCCCUCCUUUACCGACUUACCCCGGACGGGACUACAGAGGAUACUCUCCUCCUUAUUCUAGUCUUCCGGCGGUUCACCCACCUCCGGCUAUGCCAUCUCCGCCACCACCUCCUGCACCUCAAUCCUUCUCGUACACCACAUACUCUGAUCCCUACUCAGGCUACUAUCCUGGUUACUACACGCAAGUACCGCCACCGCCUACUCAUCGGCAAUUUCUAGAGCGGCAGUCUAACUAUGGCGGACCAGGGCCGAGCGCCCCUGUGGAUUAUGCGCCCUAUGAUCACCAGAAACGAGGGAGCGGAAAGUUCGGAAUGGGAAUGGGUACGGGAUUGGCAGUUGGAGCUGUAGCUGGAGCACUUGGAGGGCUGGCACUGGAAGAAGGGAUAAAGUACGAGGAUGAAAAGAUAACAGAGAGGGUUGAGAAUAACUUGGCUUCAAGAGAUGACUAUUACAGUGACUAUCGCACUGAUUAUUGA